GGGGCUGGACUAGGCGGUCUUACAUGUGCCAUUGCCUGUCGGCGAGCCAAUCCGGCCUUGAAGGUUACGGUCAUUGAGCGAACCCCAGCGAUCCUAACCGUGGGCGCGGGCAUACACAUUCCGCCUAAUGCAUGCCGUGUCCUGACACGGCUUGGGCUGCUCGAGAAACUCAAAGCUGCGGGGGCUUACCAGCAGGACUUUUUCCGGCUGAGGAAGUAUGCGGAUGGCGAGGUAAUCGUUGCUAAGCCACUAAAAACGAGGACAGAGAAGGUAUAUGUGAUGCAUCGGGGUGAUUUUCAACGCGUUCUUCUCGACGAAGCCAUCGCCCUCGGAGUGCAAAUACUAACAGGGGCGGAGGUCGUCGAUGUCACUCGAGCUGCAGAUACACAAUAUGUGAGCAUCAAAGACGGAAGGUCUGUGGAGGCAGAUGUGGUGAUAGGCGCCGAUGGACUCUGGUCGCAGGUCCGAGACGUCGUCUUGAAUAGACCCUUUUCGCCCGCCGCAACCGGAGAUUUAGCCUACCGAGGUACUUUCAGCUACGCACAGCUUAGAGCUCUCAGAAACAAAAGGUUGGACAAGCUGCUGCAAAAGUCAGACACGCAAGUCUGGCUAGGUCCAGGGAAACAUGCGGUAUUUUAUCCGCUCAGAGGCCAGACAGAAUACAAUUUGGUCUUAAUGCUAUUUCACUUCAAGGAACUUGACCAAUGGACCAAGGGAACUAUCACCCUCAUGGGGGAUGCCUCGCACCCUACUGCCCCGUACCAAGGGCAAGGGGCGGCCAUGGCUGUUGAAGACGGAGCGAUUUUGGGAAUGCUGCUGGGGAAGUUCCAGCAUCACACUGUCGCAGCCAGCAGAGAGAAAAGGGCUGCAUGCGCUUCUAGCUUGUUCGAGCUGUACGAGGAUCUACGGAAGGAGCGGACCAAGGUCAACGUCGAAGGCGCUGUGCACACGCGGCACUACUACCAUCUCCCCGAUGGGCCAGAGCAGCAGGCGCGCGACAAGGAACUCUCCGAAUUGCCGUCCGCGAACUGGGAGGCCCCUUGUAUGUUCAACUGGGGUGAUGCUCAGUACCAGAAGGAUCUCCUUGGAUUUGACGUCCUAGCGGAUGCCGAAGUCCAGUACGAGAAGUGGGAAAAGACAGCCGUUUAUAGAGCUCGAAUCAUACGCUACAUGUUGCGUUUGAUCAACUGA